AGCGCGCGGGGGCGGAAGCGGCAGCGGCGGCGGCGGCCGCUGUCAGAGCUGGAGAGCGGCCGGCGGAGUCGUCAUGGAGGGUCAGCGCUGGCUGCCGCUGGAGGCCAACCCCGAGGUCACCAACCAGUUUCUCAAACAGUUAGGCCUGCACCCUAACUGGCAGUUUGUUGAUGUGUACGGGAUGGAGCCUGAACUUCUCAGCAUGGUGCCAAGACCAGUGUGUGCAGUGUUACUCCUCUUCCCCAUCACAGAGAAGUAUGAAGUGUUCAGAACAGAAGAGGAAGAAAAAAUAAAAUCUCAAGGACAAGAUGUUACGUCAUCAGUGUAUUUCAUGAAGCAAACCAUCAGCAACGCCUGCGGGACAAUAGGGUUAAUCCACGCCAUUGCAAACAACAAGGACAAGAUGCACUUCGAAUCUGGAUCAACCUUGAAAAAAUUCCUGGAGGAGUCUGUGUCAAUGAGCCCUGAAGAAAGAGCCAAGUACCUGGAGAACUAUGACGCUAUUCGAGUUACUCAUGAGACCAGUGCACAUGAAGGUCAGACUGAGGCACCAAGUAUAGAUGAGAAAGUAGAUCUUCAUUUUAUUGCGUUAGUUCAUGUAGAUGGGCAUCUCUAUGAAUUAGAUGGACGGAAACCAUUUCCAAUCAACCACGGGAAAACUAGUGAUGAGACGUUGUUAGAGGAUGCCAUAGAAGUGUGCAAGAAGUUCAUGGAGCGUGACCCCGAUGAGUUAAGGUUUAAUGCAAUUGCUCUCUCGGCAGCGUAGCUUCUCGACAGAAAUGCCAAAUGUGUGUUAUCUGCAACAAAACUUACAUUUCUGCUGCCAUAACUAACUCAAAAUUUUUGAUAUUUUCAUUAACUUGACUGAUUAAACUUUAUGUGAAUAAACUUUGA